AUGAGUAAUACGCCUACAAUAACAUUCUCACAAUGCAAUAAAGGCAAGCGUGUACUUGUCUGUGAUGGUUAUGUGUAUCAUUUAAACAAGUUAUGUUCGAAGGCCAAGUACUGGCGUUGUGGAAACCGUCUCUGUGCUGCUGUUAUUCAUACUGAUAUCAACGACGAAUUCAAAGUACGCAAAGGUGAUCACUCAAAUCAUCUAUCUUCGCCGGCAUACAUCGAAAUUCUUAGCUUUAAAUCUAAUAUAAAACAAUGCGUAGUUACUGAAGCUACACCAAUUGGGCGUAUUUACGAUGAGGAAUUAGUCAAAGCUCAAUUGAGUCAAACUGCUCUAAGUGUAGUCGCAUCAACUCAAGAUGCUAGUAAGUAUCUUUUGUUUGUCAUCAUUGAUUUGAUCGGGCAUAUUUUAGAGUCAUCAUUAAAUCGAAUUCAUCGACUUGAAACUCCUCGUCUACCAAUAACAUGUCGUUUUGAUAUUCCUACUCUUUAUAAUCUUACAAUCAACGUAGAACGAUUUCUACUUUACGACAAAAUGAGACGAAAUAAAAGAAAUCUUAUUUUUGCUACAGGUGAUCAACUACGUGUCCUUUUUAAAGCUAAACAGAUAUUAAUGGAUGGCACGUUCUCGUUAUACCCACAUUUUUUGAACAAUUUUACACGCUUCAUGCAAUUAAGUUCGAACAGAGUGAGUAAAUGA